AUGAAGCUGGGGCGUUCUCCUCUUCUUCUCUCAGCUGGCCAUCUUUUUCUCUGCCUUACGGCGAUUUGGGUACUGACCACCGCCGAUUUAGCGGCAGGCCAGCGUCCCGGCUGCCCGGCAAAGUGCGGCGACGUCGACAUCACGUUCCCGUUUGGCAUCGGCGAUGAGUGCGCGUUGCACAGCGGCUUUGGCCUCAGCUGCACUACCGUCAACGGCACCACGAAGCCAUAUGCGGGGACUAUCGAGGUGACCAAGAUCUCCGUGCCAGAGAGCAAGGCCUGGCUGAACACGUGGGUCUCCUCGCAGUGCUAUUUCCCAUCUAACGGGACGAACUACCUUAAUGCAUGGUUGAACCUCAGCGAUACACCUUUCUGGAUAUCUGAAGUGGAUAACGCAAUUAUCGUCAUCGGGUGCAAUACUCUUGCUUAUAUGACAAGCUCUUCUUAUGUAAUAGGUUGCUCUGCGACAUGCACCGACGUCACCCUCGAGAAUGGCCUAUGCUCUGGUGCCGGCUGCUGCCAAGCCGAUGUCCCGAAAGACAUUUCGUAUUAUCGUGGCUAUUUCAACGAAAACUAUAACACCACAAACAUAUGGCAAGACAGUCCUUGCAGCUACAUAGUAGUAAUGGAAAAGGCUGCUUUCAGUUUCAACACCAGCUAUGUCAAAUCGACAGUGUUUUAUGAUACAUACCAGGAUACAGUUCCAAUAGCCUUGAACUGGCAAAUACGGCCGUGGUCUUGCGAGGUAGCACGGAAGAACAUGAGUUCCUAUGCAUGUAUCAGCAAGGAUAGCGAAUGCGUUGAUACCACCCACGGCAAAGAGAAAGGUUACCGCUGCAAUUGCUCCCGUGGAUACAAAGGCAACCCUUACAUCAUGGGUGGAUGCCAAGAUAUUGAUGAGUGCCAUGCGAAUUACAAUCCUUGCGGCAUUGAGAUCUGCCAGAACACGCCGGGGAAUUUCAGCUGCUCAUGCCGCCCAGGAUAUUAUAUGACGAAUGGCGUUUGCGUACCAAUUCAAAAGCGUUCCCGUUUUCGGCCUAUGCCUGUUGUUGGUGCAAGUAUUGGUUUGGUUGUCCUUGUGAUUGUUGUAGCUUGUGCAUGCUUGAUCCAAGCGAGAAGGAGGCUACGGAAAAUGAAACAGACCUACUUUCGGCAGCACGGUGGCCUGAUGCUAUUUAACGAGAUGAAGUCAAAAGAGGGCAAUGCAUUCAAAAUAUUCACUGAGGAAGAACUGCAGCAGGGGACAAACAACUUCAGCGAAAAACAAGUCCUGGGUCACGGAGGCCAUGGAACCGUUUACAAGGGACUUCUCAGGGGCAAUGUGGAAGUAGCGGUCAAGAAAUGCAUGACGAUCGACGAGCAACACAAGAAAGAGUUUGGUAAAGAGAUGGUAAUCCUAUCCCAGAUCAACCACAAAAACAUCGUGAAGCUCCUCGGGUGUUGCCUCGAAGUGGAAGUCCCCAUGCUGGUGUACGAAUUCGUCCCAAAUGGUACGCUCUUCCAUCUCAUCCACGGCAACCAUGGCCGGUCUAUCUCGUUAGCUACUCGCUUGAGGAUCGCCAUCGAGUCCGCCGACGCCCUCACCUACCUUCACUCUUCGGCUUCAACACCAAUUUUACAUGGAGACGUCAAGUCCCCCAACAUCCUCCUCGACGGCAACCACAGUGCUAAAGUCUCUGACUUUGGCGCCUCAAUCAUGGCACCAACUGAUGAGUCACAGUUUGUCACACUUGUACAAGGGACAUGUGAGUACCUCGACCCAGAAUACAUGCAAACAUGUUAUUUGACAGAUAAGAGCGACGUGUACAGCUUUGGGGUUGUUCUUGUGGAGCUUCUCACUGGGAAAAUUCCGUUCAAUCUUGAUGCCCCAGAGAAAGAGAAGAGUUUAGCAAUGAUGUUUAUGUCUGCAAUGAAGGAGAAUAGGCUGGCUGACAUAUUGGAUGACCAGGUCAAGGGUGAAGACAACAUGGUGAUUCUUGAAGAGAUUGCAGAGCUAGCAAAGCACUGCUUGGAUAUGUCUGGUAAUAACAGGCCCUCGAUGAAAGAGGUUACAGAGAAGCUUGACGGACUGAUGAAGGUGAUUCAGCAUCCGUGGGCACCACAAGACCCGGAAGAGAUGGAAGGCUUGCUUUCUGAGCCUAUGGACAACUCUGCGAUUGGGAGUGCUGGAUUUUUCAGCAUCGAGAAGAAAGCUAUUAAUGCAAUGCAGUCAGGUCGCUAA